CCGUGUCCUUCAGUCUCUCACUGAGCAUGCUCAGUGCCCACACUUCCCCAGGGCACAGCUAACGGUAUCAGACCAGCAGUGAUGGGCUCUGUUUCGGGAAACUCCCCUCUAUCUACUAUUUAAAGACCAUUUUCCGAGGGUACAGAAAGCAAAUGGCAGCCAGCAUUGUCCAGACAGGGCAGAAAUGCCAGCUGUGACUUUAAGGGGGGGCAUGGAGGGGGAGCUAUAGCUGCUGCUGCAUUGGACUUGUUUGGAUACGUUCUUGGUGCAGCAGUAGCCUCGCAGCAGUGUGUGGGAAAGCUGCUGACUGUACAGUAGUGCUGAGGAGUAAAGAUCCCCUGGAGCAACCGGUCAUUGUGCCCUGCACCUGGGAACUCUCAGCAGUGUCAACCUGCUGCCUGCAACGUAUGUGUUGUCACAGCAGUCCUGGUCCAUAUAGGGUGACGUUGACAGGCAGGCAGAGGAAUUCCUCUUAUGUGAAUUGGCUGCAUUCACUGAAAGAGCAGAAAAAUAAGCAACACCCAGAAUAAUAUCCUGUACUGUAAGCUGAGGAAAGGGUCUGAGAAAGAUGGAAAUGUGAACUCUGAAGAGCUGGACGUUAGUUGUUUGAACUUCUUUUGUUUUAAGGACGUGUUAUUGGGAGAGACAAACAAGCCCACACUAUAAUCACAUGAAUCCAAAGGAUUGAUGAGCAGGGUAGUAAUCUAAGGCAAUAUGUAUGCUGUUAGGUAGCACGUAAUAUCAGUCAGGACAGUGUCACAUACUGUAGUACAGAAAAGUGGGAUCGUGAAAGACAAAACAAGUCCAUGUUUUCUUUGUGUAUACUAAGAGCCAGAAGAUGAAUAUGAUGGAACCCGUGGAUACAAACAGGUUAUCCAUGGUGACUGUCCUACAUGACUAUGUUGGCUGUAGGACCUACGAAGUGCCCACCUCAGCCGUUAUUGAUGACAUCAAGCAGCUGAUAUACAGAGAUACAAAUUUUCCGGUCUCUGAACAGCGUCUACUGCUCUACAACAAAGAGCUUUUUGACAGGACCAAGAUUAGAGAUGUGACUUCUGGUAACACAAAUAUUUAUUUAAAGCUCCAAUCAAAAGGGCUAAAAGGAGGAGGAAAAUUUGGACAGACAACUCCACCUCUCGUUGACUUUCUCAAGGAUAUUUUAAGGAGAUACCCAGAAGGAGGUCAAAUCCUGAAGGAGCUGAUUCAAAAUGCGGAGGAUGCCGGUGCCAGUGAAGUAAAGUUCCUCUACGAUGAAACCCAUCAUGGCACAGAGUCCCUUUGGUCAAAGGAUAUGGCCCAAUACCAAGGGCCUGCACUCUACGUAUACAAUAAUGCAGUUUUCGCCCCUGAAGACUGGAACGGAAUUCAAGAAAUUGCGAGAAGUAGGAAAAAAGAUGACCCGCUAAAAGUUGGAAGAUUUGGAAUUGGGUUUAACUCUGUCUAUCACAUAACAGAUGUUCCCAGUAUUUGCAGUGGAGGCCAAAUAGGGAUUUUGGACCCACACCAGGUACUUUUCGGGCGCCACGAGUCAGGCCAGUGCUGGGACAUAAAAGAGGACAGCAAAGAAAUCAGUGAACUUGUGGACCAAUUUGCCCCAUUCGUUAACAUUUUUGGGAGCACAAAAGAAACGCUUGCUGAAGGUUAUUUCCCUGGAACCUUCUUCAGAUUUCCUCUUCGUGUCCAGCCAUCCUUACUAAGUAAUAAUCUGUACACUAAAGAAAAGGUUCUAGAACUGUAUGAAUCCUUCCGAGCAGAUGCGGACACAGUUCUUCUGUUUCUGAAGAACGUCCAAAAAGUGUCCCUGCACGUAAGGGAGGUGGAUGGGUCUGAAAGUCUGGUGUUCCGGGUUACCGCUAGUGAGAACAAGCUGCUAAAACAUGACCGACCCAACUCGAUCAAAAUCCUGGAAAAGUCGAUUGAUGGCUACUGUAAAGGAGUUCCAAGCAAUAGCGUCACAUGCGUCACCUAUCAUGUAAAUAUCAUUGUUGAGGAUGAGAAAGUCAAGGAGACACAAACCUCCUCAUGGCUGGUAUGCAACAGUGUUGGGGGCCGGGGAAUAUGCAAUGAAUUAGACUGCCUUGCCGAUGACCUAAAAUUUGUUCCUACUAUCGGAAUUGCUAUGCCUUUGUGGAACAGCGAUGAUGAGAAGGGAGCCAAGUCAGAGUUUGUCGGAAGAGCCUUUUGCUUUCUUCCUUUACCACCGGGGGAUGAAUGCAAAACAGGUCUUCCAGUCCAUGUCAGCGGCUUCUUUGGCUUAACCGACAACCGUAGAAGCAUCAAGUGGAGAGAACUGGACCAGUGGCGAGAUCCUGCCGCUCUUUGGAAUGAACUUUUGGUCAAGAGUGUUGUUCCAAAGACAUACACCACGCUUAUUCUGGAAGCUAUCAAGAGAAUGGGGACAGGAGAAAAUCCAGAUUUCCCUCUCUCCGCUGAGAGCAUUUAUAGCGUGUGGCCAGAGGUGGACAAAAUAAAGACACACUGGAAACCCAUCCUAGAACCUCUGCUGAAGGACCUGUUCCAGAACGCAGUGAUCUACUCUACCAAGAAAUGCUGGUUAAAAGAAUCGGAUGUAAACUUCACAGAAAUAGAUGAAGGUCAAGAGUAUACAAAAACCAUUCUGAACUACCUCCAGAACUCAGGGACUCAAAUCGCCAAGGUACCGGCCAAUGUCGCUGCUGCAUUCCAAAUUCCGAUAAAUAGUUCAAAGCCUGUGAAUAAGGUUACCCCAAGCCUGGUCCGUCAGGUGUUGAGGAAAUCUGUACACAAAGGACCAGCUCAUGAAAAACUUCACAUACUCGAGUUCAUACUCAGUGACAAAAAUUACAGUGAGCUUAUUGGCCUAGAAAUGCUUCCUUUGCAAAAUGGGACAUUUAUUCCUUUCUCAUCAUCUGUAUCAGAUAAAGAUGCUGUUUACAUAACCUCAGAGGAGUUCCCCAGGGCGCUGUUUCCUAGUCUAGAAGGAAGACUUCUUUCAGAAGAUUUAAAGCCUGAAAUUCUAACUGCCUUGACGGAAGCUUCUACUAGUAGAGCACAGCAGCUUCUGUGGGGAUACGCAGGAAGACCUUGCACCCAACUCCAGCUCUUGAACCCUGAACGUUUUAUACGUCUCACUAAGGAAAUUCUGAAUACAAAAUGGCCGACGAGGGAUUUGGUAGUAAAAUGGCUCCCAGGCAAAAACAAAAACCAUCCUCCAAUCUCCUGGAUUAAAAUGGUCUGGAAACUGUUGUAUAUACAUUUUUCGGAGGAUUUGUCAUGUCUGGAUGACAUGCCACUAAUUCCUACAAAAUUACUGGAAGAUGAGGGAACCGCACUGGAACUCAUUCGUUUAAGGACACCUUCGCUUGUUAUAUAUGAUGAUGUGUCAGACACUCAGUUGCCAGAGCAUUUGCCUGAAAUGAUUAAAAAUCUAGGUGGAAUUGUCCUAAGGGAAUUAGAUCCUACCAUACAGCACCCUCUUCUGAAAAAAUAUGUCUAUCCGCCCACACCUAGUGCCCUUCUACAAAUAAUGGAUAGGAUGUCUCUUCAAAAACUCUCUAGUCAGAUUGCUUCAUUGACUCCAGUUCACAAAGAUGCAUUGCGGAGGUUCCUUGCUAGCCUGACGGACAUAAAUGAAAAAGAAAAAAAAAUCAUACAGGAAUUAAUGGUCUUUAAAAGAAUAGAACAGACUUCAGAUCCAAAGAAUUCUUUUGUUUUCCUAAGAGGCUGCAAGGUACUUCACCACAAUGCUAAGCUUCCUCCCAACACCCGACUUUCCUUCCCUAUAAUUGACAGCAGUGAUGAAGAGACGAUACGAUUGACCAAGAUGUUAAAAGUGGAACAGUUAAAGAGCACAGACUGCCUGAAAAUCAUUCUGCAGGACAUAGACAAGGGUUUUUAUUCAGCUGAAGAAAGAACCAGAAUUAUGCUAUGGGUUCUUGAAAAUUUGACGUUUCUAAAGAAUGAAAGUCCUGCUGUAAUCAGCUGGUUGUCGAGUCUUAAAUUUAUAAAUCUUUUCAAAGACAGGGUGGUUUCGGCAAAUGAACUUUUUGAUCCAGAGGUGCAUGUCCUUCAAAGCCUUUUUUGUUCAGAAGAACAGUUGUACUUCCCGCCUGCUGUUUUUACGUCUUCAGAUGUUUUGCAUUCCCUCCGACAGAUAGGUCUCAAAAACGACACUCACAUUUUAGAAAAAGACCUUGUGCAAAUAGCCAAGAAAAUCGAGGCUUUGCAUAGCGGGUCAGUAAAAAAUGAAGAGAUUGUUUUAAAAAAGUCAACUACUCUAUUGACCGUUUUGAAAAAAAAUUACAAACUGAUACAGUCACCCGAAGCAAAAGCCAUAUUAAAAAAGAUCAGAUGGAUACCUGCUAUCAAAGAACGGCCACCAAAUUAUCCCAAUUCUUUAGUUUGGUUCGGAGACCAAUUCAAGCUGUAUUGUCCUGGAGAGAUGUCCAACAUAUCUUUUGCUGUUUUGGUGGGGUCAUCUGUUCCAAUGGUGGAAAGCAUGCAUGACAACAUUGAAAAAGUCCUUGGAAUUUCAAAAGAGCCUUGCAUUGAAGCAGUGUUGAAACAUCUAAAGGUUGUUGCUGAUUGGAAUAAUUCCAAAACAAUAACUGAUGAAGACUACUACCAGUUUCAGCACAUUUUACUGGAAAUCUAUGGUUUCAUGCAGGAAUGUCUUGAGAAAGGCAAAGAACUGUAUAAAGCACUGUCUUUCCCAUGGGUUUGGACAGGCAACACUUUUUGUUCCCCAAAACAAGCCAUAAUAACAUCAGUGCAUAGCCUUGACCUUCAGCCUUUUUUACACAACAUACCAAACACCAUGGUUAAAUUUCACAAGUUGUUCAAAUUUUGUGGCUCAAUCGAGCAGCUGACACCUGAACAUAUUUUUGAAGUUGUUCAAACAAUAUACACGCGAAGCAAGCAACCUAUGAGCAAAGAGGAGAAUGACCAGAAUACUAACAUCAUGCUGAACAUUGUGAGGUGGAUGUACAGUCAUCAGAUUGAAGUGAGUCUUGAUAAGCCAUUGCCGGUGCACUAUAACAAAGACCCUUCUAAACUUGUAAUGCGACCCAUUCAUGAAUGCUGCUACUGUGACAUCAAAGUGGAUGAUCUGAAUGAUCUCCUUGAAGACUCUGUUGAACCAAUCAUUUUGGUGCAUGAAGACAUACCAAUGAAAACAGCUGAAUGGCUAAAUGUGCCAUGUUUAAGUACACGGUUAAUUAACCCAGAAAACAUGGGGUUCGAACAGUCAGGCCAGAGAGAACCUCUUACCGUUAGGAUCAAAAACAUUUUGGAAGAAUACCCUUCUGUGUCAGAUAUCUUCAAAGAACUCCUUCAAAAUGCUGAUGAUGCAUCAGCCACUGAGUGCAAUUUUAUGAUUGAUAUGAGAAGAAAUAUGGAUAUACGGGAAAAUCUUCUAGAUCCAGGAAUGGCAACGUGCCAUGGUCCUGCUUUGUGGUCUUACAACAACUCUGAGUUUACGGACAAAGAUUUUUUGAACAUAACUCGACUUGGAGAAUCCUUGAAAAGGAGCGAGGUUGACAAAGUUGGAAAGUUUGGCCUCGGGUUCAACUCUGUAUACCACGUCACAGACAUUCCUGUUAUAAUGAGUAGAGAAUUUAUGAUCAUGUUUGACCCAAAUAUUAACCAUAUUAGCAAACACAUCAGGGAUAAAUCUAACCCAGGCAUCAAAAUUAACUGGAGCAAACAACAUAAAAGACUUCGUAAAUUUCCCAAUCAAUUCAAGCCAUUCUUGGGUGUUUUUAAUUGUCAUCUACCACUUGCUGUGGAGACUCCUUACAGUUACAAAGGUACGCUUUUCAGACUGUCAUUUAGGACCCAACAGGAAGCAAAAAUGAGUGAAAUUAGCAGUGCCUGCUACAAUACUGCAGAUAUUUACACACUUGUGGAUGAAUUCAGCUUGUGUGGCUACAGAUUGAUACUCUUUACCCAGAAUGUCAACACAAUGGUAUUGAAAUACCUGAAGCCUGAAGAAACUGACCCAGUUUUAGCCCAAGAUACAGUAACUAUAAAAAAGACUGUUUGCUCAUCAAAAGUUUUAUCUCAUUCAACAAAACUACUGAAGGAAGCUGCCAAAGUAAUGCACUAUUGCAGUACCACCAAAAAGUUCCCAACUGAAAUGCCAAAAUCAUUAUGCAUUUUACAGAUUACCGUUCAAGAGUUUCAUCAUGUCUUCAGACGAAUAGUUGACCUUCAUUCUCCAUUAUUCCGUGGUCCAGAAGAUGAACCAGCUAACAUAUUAGAAAUGACCAAAUCUGGGCAGAACAAGAGAAUGACCGAGGAACUGCCCCAAAAAACUGUGGACUCAUCUACCUGGUUCAUUUGUUCCUGUAUGGAUAUAGGUGAAGCAUUAAAAUUUGCUUUGAGCGAUAGUGGCAAGAGACUUGGACUUGUGCCCUGUGGGGGUGUAGCAGUAAUGCUUUCUGAAAAUCAAGAUGGGAAAUGGACAGUGAAACAGUUAUCCAGUAACAUUGGAGAAGUCUUCUGCUACUUACCUCUUCGGAUAAAAACCGGGCUCCCAUUGCAUAUAAAUGGUUGCUUUGCCGUGACCUCAAACCGAAAAGAAAUCUGGAAAACAGAUACCAAGGGAAGAUGGAAUACAGUAUUCAUGAGACAUGUCAUUGUUCAUUCUUAUCUAGAGGCUCUUUGCGUUCUAAGAGACAUGUCUACCAGUGGAGAACUGCUCAAUUACAACUACUAUUCUGUAUGGCCAGAUCCUGACUAUGUGCACGAUGACUUUUCUGUUAUUUGCCAAGGACUAUAUGAAGACAUUGCAAAAGGGAAAGGCAAGGAGCGCUUUAAAGUAUUCUCUGAUGGAACGUCUUGGGUUUCUAUGAAAAAUGUGAGAUUCCUAGACGAUUCUUUACUGAAGAGACCAGAUAUUGGACCUGCUGCUUUUCAAAUUUUCUUGAAGUACUUAAAGAAGACUGGCUCCAAAAACCUCUGUGCUGUAGAACUACCAUCCUGGGUUAAAAUGGGGUUUGAAGAAGCGGGCUGUAUGGAUGUGCUACUUGAGAAUACAUUUUCUGAAAGGCAGUUUUUUUCUGAAGUGUUUUUCCCACACAUUGAAGAAAUCCAGCCUGAACUACGUGAUCCAUUGAUGCUGUUUGUUUUGAAUGAAAGGAUACAGGCAUUCAGUGAAAUUCUACAAGUAACUCCAUGCAUUCCAUGUUCCAGCGACAGCCACCCAUUGGUUGUACCUUCAAGACUGAUCUAUCCAGAAGGUAGAGUUGCAAAACUGUAUGAUGACGAUGAUGGGAGAUUUCCCUAUGGAACAAACCAGAACUACUUAAACCCAGUAGUUUUGGUAAAGCUAGUGCAACUUGGCAUGGUGAAAGAUGACAUUUUAUGGGAAGAUUUAAUUGAACGCAUUGAGUCAAUUGCGCAGGUUAAUAAGGGUGAACAUGGUGCAGCCUGUUUAAGGAGCAAUAUCAUUUUAAGUCUGAUUGAUGAAAAGCUUAAGUUCAGAGACCCGAAAGCUAAAGAAUUUUGCAAGAAGUGCCAAACUACUCCUUUCCUGCCAUUUUUGACCAAGCCAGCAGGAUUCUCCUUAUCCUGGAAAGGAAGUAACUUUAAUACUGAGGAAAUGCUUGCCGCUACUGAGCUGUAUACUGCUGAGCACCAAGAUAUAGUUUGUCUUUUGAAACCGAUUCUCAAUGAAAACUCUCCUUCUUUUAAGGGUUGUGGAUCCAUAUCAUUGGCAGUCAAGGAAUACCUGGGUUUACUCAAAAAGCCAACACCUGAAUUAGUAAUUGAACAGCUAAAGGAAGUUGCCAGAUAUUCAGAUGGAAAUACACUUUAUCAGGAAAAUAUCACAAAUUCCUGUUAUAAAUUUCUCAGCGAAGCCGUAUUGCUAAACGAAGCCACGAAGACCACCAUUGUCACUGAAUUAGAGUCUUUUCCUUUUAUUUUUGUUGAGAGCAUCUAUGUCACUCCAGAAAAAGUUUCCUUUCAACUGAAUUUUGAAGCUGCGCCAUACCUCUAUCAGAUGCCAAACAAAUACAAAAAUAAUUUCCGGGAAUUGUUUGAAAGUGUUGGUGUGAAACAGGCCUUCACGGUGGAAGAUUUUGCAUCGGUUCUUGAAAUGAUCAAAAGAGCAAAUAUGAACAGAAAAAUAUCAGAGAAGGAUUUCCAACUUUGCAGGAGAAUUGUAAGUGAAGGAAUAUGGGGACUUAUCCGUGAGAAAAGCCAAGAAUUUUGUGAAACGAAUUACGGUCAAAUACUCCUUCCAGAUAUCAACCUCAAUCUACUGUCAGCUAAAUCUUUGUGUUACAAUGACUGCCCAUGGAUUAAAGUUAAAGACACUGCUGUGAAAUACUGUCACUCUGACAUUCCACGGGAAGUCGCUGUAAAGCUUGGGUCUAUACCAAAGAGACACAAAGCUCUAGAAAGGUAUGCUUCCAAUGUUUGCUUCACUGCACUUGGAACUGAAUUUGGACAGAAAGAAAAACUCACUAGCAGAAUCAAAAGCAUCUUGAAUGCUUACCCCUCAGAAAAAGAGAUGCUGAAGGAGCUUCUUCAAAAUGCAGAUGAUGCAAAAGCCACGGAAAUAUGUUUUGUGUUUGACCCAAGGCACCAUGUAUCUGACAGAAUAUUUGAUGAAAAGUGGACACCAAUGCAGGGCCCUGCACUGUGUGUAUUCAACAACCAGCCGUUUACUGAUGAUGAUGUUAGAGGCAUCCAGAACUUGGGAAGAGGAACAAAGGAAGGCAACCCCUACAAAACUGGACAAUAUGGCAUAGGAUUCAAUUCAGUUUACCACAUAACUGAUUGUCCUUCAUUCAUCUCUUCUAAUGACAUUAUUUGCAUCUUCGAUCCUCAUGCACGAUAUGCCCCGGGGGCAACGUCACUAAGCCCUGGGCGCAUGUUUCGAGAUUUGGAUGCUGACUUUAGGUCACAAUUUUCAGAUGUGCUAAAUCUAUAUUUAGGUGACCAUUUUAACCUUUCAAAUGCUACAAUGUUUCGAUUUCCACUCCGGAAUGCUGAAAUGGCAAAAACCUCAGAAAUCUCCCCAGUACCCUGCUCUGAUAGGAUGGUUCAGAACCUUCUUGAUAAGUUGCGCACAGAUGGCGCAGAACUCCUCAUGUUUUUGAAUCAUAUGGAGAAAAUUUCCAUCUGUGAAAUAGAUAAGUCAAGUGGUGCGCUAAAAGUGUUAUAUUCCGUGAGAGGGAAAAUCACAGAUGGCGAUAGGCUAAAACGUAAGCAGUUUCAUUCAUCUGUAAUUGACAGCGUUAAAAGGAAAAAGCCACUGAAAGAUAUACCUGUGCAGCAAAUUACUUACACUAUGGAUAUUGAGGACACCGAAAACAACCUUACAUCAUGGUUGAUUUGCAACCGUUCUGGGUUUUCCAAUAUGGAGAAAGUGUUAAAAAGUGUAGUAUCUGCUCACAAAAAUAAAGACAUCACUCUGUUUCCACGUGGAGGAGUUGCUACUUGUAUAACUCACAAUUACAAAAAACCAUACAGGGCAUUCUGCUUCCUGCCUCUUUCUCUCGAAACAGGACUUCCUUUUCAUGUGAAUGGACACUUUGCUUUGGACUCGGCAAGACGUAAUUUGUGGCGGGACGAUGAUGGAGUUGGAGUAAGAAGUGACUGGAACAGUAGCUUGAUGACUGCCUUAGUGGCUCCAGCUUAUGUGGAGCUCUUGGUGCAACUAAAGAAACGAAGCUUUCCUGGCACCGAUCCUACAAUCUCCGUCUUACACAACACACCAAUUCAUGCCGUCAAAGACAUUUUGAAGAAGUUUUUGUUCUUUUUUCCAGUCAACAGACUUGAUUUACAACCGGACUGGUACUGCCUUGUGAAAGCCAUUUAUGCUUGUAUCUAUGCAGAUUCUAAGCGUCUCUUACCUGUCGUCCGAGCUCCAAAUGUUGACAGCUCCGACUUGCAAUCAGCGGUCAUCAUUACAUGGGUAAACAUGUCUGCAGUGAAUUCUGGCAAGCCAUUCUUUGACAAUUUGCUACAAGAUGAGUUGCAUCACAUGAAAACUAUCGAAUACAACAUAACAACCCGAAAAACAGUAGCUGAAAAUGUUUAUAGGCUCAAACAUCUUCUCUUAGAAAUUGGGUUCAACUUGGUUUACUACUGCGACGAAACAGCUAACCUGUACCAUUGUUUAGUUGAUGCCGGCAUCCCAGUUACCUAUGCAACUCCUUCCGAUGUCCGCAACUUCCUGAUGACGUUCUCAUCUCCAGAUACAAACUGCCACAUUGGAAAGCUGCCAUGCCGCCUCCAGCAAACUAACCUGAAAUUAUUUCACAGUCUGAAGCUUCUCGUGGAUUAUUGUUUAAAAGAUGCUGAGGAAACAGUCAUUCAGAUUGAGGGUCUACCACUUCUAAUUACCCUUGACAAUGUAUUGCAAAUUUUUGACUCUAAGAACCCAAAAUUCCUAACCACUUACCAUGAAUUAAUCCCAUCUCGGAAAGAUCUGUUCAUGAACACUCUUUAUAUGAGAUACAGCAAUAUUUUACUGUCGAGCAAAGUAGCAAAAGUCUUUGACAUCAACAGUUUUGCUGACUUGCUGUCAUCAGUUCUUCCCAGAGAGUAUAAAACGAAAGUCUUUGUUCCAUGGAAAGAUAACUUUGCAAGUGAAUCUUGGCUGAAAAAUACUUGGCAUUUCAUCAGUGAGUCAGUCAGCUUUAAAGAUGACCAAACCGACAUGACCACAACAUUUGAUACAGUCAUAGAAACAUUGAAGGACUGGGCUUUACUACCAGGAAUAAAAUUCACUGUGUCACCUGGCCAGUUGAUCAUUCCAGAUGGUGACGUGUUGCUGCCAUUGAGCCUGAUGCAUAUCGCGAUCUUUCCAAAUGCACAGAGUGAUAAAGUAUUUCAUACAUUGAUGAAGACUGGCUGUAUUCAAGUGGCAUUGAGCAAGAUCUGCUCAAAAGACAACAUAUUACUUCCUUUGUUGGCAGGACAUACGGCAAAUAUAGAUAAUCCAUUAAGCAUUCUAAGAGCAAUAUACCACAUGAUUCAGUCGUCAACAUUCAGGACUGAAAAAAUAGUUGAAACUGACUUUGAUGCACUUUUAAUGUAUUUUAACUGCAAUCUAAACCACCUGGAAUCAGAAGAUGCCAUCAGCAUUUUGAAGUCGCUUCCAUGUUACAAAUCUGUCAGUAACCGUUACAUAACCCUUUCAAAGUAUGGGACCUGCUAUGUUCUUACAAAGAGCAUACCAACAGCUGAGGUAGACAAAUGGUCUCAUUCUUUAUCCUUUGCCUUUCUUGAAGAGAAAAUUCAUUUGAAAGAACUUUACAGUGCACUGGGAUGUGUACCAGUAGAUGAUUUAGAGAUUUAUGCAAAGCACCUGUUGCCAAAGUUUGAAAACCUCUCCUAUAAUGCUAAAUUAGAGCACUUGAUUUACAUAAAAAAUCGACUGUGUAACCUUGAAGAGACUUCUUCAGUAAAGGACCAACUUUAUACAAAAUUGGCAGACCUGGCCUUCAUUAAUGAUGCCAGUGGCCGGCUCAAACCUGCUAAGAAUUUCUAUGAUCGGACCAUCCGAGUAUUUGAAGUGAUGCUCUCUGAAAAAAUGUUCAUACCAUUAGAUUUCUUUAAAAGACUGGAACAAAUUACAAAACCAAAGAACCAGUCUGCUUUCUUCCUUUCUUGGAUCAAAUUUCUUCGCAACAUUGGCUUAAAGCAUGUCAUUUCUCAACAGCAGCUGUUGCAGUUUGCAAAAGAGAUAAGCAUGCGGGCCAAUGCGGAAGGUUGGACAAAGGAAGUCCUGCAGAAUACCGUUGAUGUUAUUCUUUUUCACGUCUUCCAAGAAAGAACAGAUUUGCUGUCUGGAAAUUUUUUGAAAGAAUUAUCUAUGAUUCCCUUUCUAUGCCCCGAACGAGCGCCUGUGGAGCUUGUACGAUUUCAUCCACAGUAUCAAGAAGUUAAUGGUACACUUCCUCUCAUAAGAUUCAAUGGAGCACAGGUUAAUCCAAAAUUCAAGCAGACAGAUGUUAUGCAGUUACUGUGGACAUCUUGCCCCAUUCUUCCUGAAAAAGCCACACCAUUAACGAUUAAAGAACAUGAAGGAAGUAGUCUUGGUCCACAAGAGCAGCUUGAACAAAUUUUAACAUUGCUUAAUGUUAAUUUGGACCCUUCUGUUGACAAGGUUAUUAACAAUUGCCGAAAUAUAUGCAACAUUACAACAGUAGAUGAUGAAAUUGUAAAAACACGAUCAAAGGUCCUGCGCAGUGUCUAUGAAUUCCUAAGCACUGAGAAAAAGGAGUUUAAGUUCCAGCUAAGGGGAGUUGCUUUUGUUAUGGUUGAAGAUGGGUGGAAACUUCUAAAGCCAGAAGAGGUUGUAAUCAAUCUGGAAUGCGAAUCAGAUUUUAAACCUUACCUGUACAAACUACCUCUAGAGUUGGGAACUUUUCAUCAGCUGUUUAAAAAUUUAGGAACAGAAGAUGUUGUUUCAACAAAGCAGUAUGUUGAAGUUCUUGGUCGCAUUUUCAAGAGCUCUGAAGGAAAACAGCUAGAUCCUAAUGAAAUGCGCACUGUAAAGAGAGUGGUUUCUGGUUUACUGAAAAACCUUCAAAAUGAUUCAGCUAAAGUACGUAAUGACUUUGAAAAUAUUCGAGACCUUGCACUUUAUCUACCAAGUCAAGAUGGAAGACUGGUCAAGUCCAGUAUAUUAGUAUUUGAUGAUGCACCUCAUUAUAAAAGUAGAAUUCAGGGAAACAUUGGUGUUCAAAUGCUUGUUGAUCUAAGUCAGUGCUACAUGGGAAAGGAUCAUGGAUUUCACACAAGAAUUAUAAUGCUCCUGCCUCAAAAGUUAAGACCACGACUUCUCAGUAGCAUACUUGAAGAACAAUUGGACGAAGAGACACCUAAAUCAUGCCAGUUUGGUACCUUGUGUUCUUUGCAAGGUAGACUUCAGCUGUUACUGUCUUCUGAGCAGUUUAUCACUGGACUCAUUAGGAUUAUGAAGCAUGAAAAUGACAAUGCAUUUUUGGCAAAUGAGGAAAAGGCCAUAAAGCUUUGUAAAGCAUUGCGAGAAGGCUUAAAGGUCUCUUGCUUUGAGAAGUUGCAAACCACAUUACGAGUCAAGGGCUUUAAUCCAAUACCACACAGCAAAAGUGAAACCCUUGCAUUUUUGAAGAGAUACGGCCAUGCUGUAAUCUUACUUUACAUACAACACUCUGACAGCAAAGACAUUAAUUUCUUGUUAGCCUUAGCAAUGACCUUGAAAUCUGCAACGGACAAUCUGAUCUCUGACACCUCAUAUUUGAUUGCUAUGUUAGGAUGCAAUGACAUAUACAGAAUUAAUGAGAAGCUCGAUAGCCUAGGGGUUAAAUAUGACUCGUCAACUGAGCAAUCAAAACUUGAACUUCCUAUGCCCGGGACUCCAAUUCCAGCAGAAAUUCACUAUACGCUGCUCAUGGAUCCCACUAAUGUAUUUUAUCCAGGAGAAUACGUUGGAUAUUUGGUGGAUGCUGAAGGUGGAGAUUCAUUUGGCUCAUACCAACCAACGUAUACCUACGCAAUCAUCGUUCAAGAAGUAGACAAACUAGAUGACAACUCAGAUUCCCUGGGCAAGUUUUACCAGAUAGAUAUUGGAUAUAGUGAGUACAAGAUUGUUAGCUCACUUGAUUUGUAUAAGUUUUCUAGGCCAGAGGAGAGUGCUCAGAACAAGGACAGUGCUCCCACAACGCCCUCAAGUCCAACAGAAUUUCCACCUCCUGGCCCUAGGACUGCACAUUCUUUUCCCAAUAAAGAAAGUAAUAAAACAAAUUCUUCCAAACAUCAGUCACCUAAAAAGAUAAAGUUAAAUUCUUUGCCCGAAAUACUAAAAGAGGUUACCGCUGUAAUGGACCAAGCCUGGAAACUACCCGAAUCAGAAAGAAAGAAGAUAAUUCGAAGGCUUUACCUAAAGUGGCAUCCAGAUAAAAAUGCAGAAAACCUUGACAUAGCAAAUGAGGUUUUCAAACACCUCCAAAAUGAAAUAAACCGGCUAGAGAAGCAAGCCUUUGCCGACCAAAAUGCUGAACGGACAGCAAGAAGGACUUUUACAACACAGUCAGCUAGGUUUCAGUCAGAUAAGUUCUCUUUUCAAAGGUUUUACUCUUCUUGGAAUGAAGAAGCAACAAGUCAUAAGUCCGAAAGACAACAAUACAAUGAAACAUUUGCUUCCACCACCGGGUCUUACAAUUCAAAACGUUUCUUCGUACCACCUACGUUCAAGUCAGUUGGGAACCCAGUUGAAGCCAGAAGGUGGCUUAGGCAAGCGAGGGCUAAUUUUUCAGCAGCAAGGAACGACCUGCAUAAAAAUGCAAAUGAGUGGGUGUGUUUCAAAUGCUAUCUCUCAACCAAAUUAGCGUUGAUUGCAGCUGACUAUGCCGUCAGAGGGAAGUCUGACAAAGAUGUAAAACCAACAGCACUUGCACAGAAAAUUGAAGAAUACGGUCAACAGCUAGAGGGUCUCUCUAAAGAUGUUCAGACUUUGGAGGCUUAUGGUGUGGACAGCUUAAAAACUCGUUAUCCCGAUAUGCUACCUUUUCCACAGAUUCCAAAUGACCGAUUUACUUCAGAUGUUGCCAUGAGGGUAAUGGAAUGCACUGCUUGUAUAAUAAUAAAACUUGAAACUUUUAUACAAAAUAAGAUUAUUUAAAGUUAAGAUACAUAUUCUUCUACAAAUGCAAAUAUAGCAUAUAGAAUUGUAAAGCUACAUAGCACAGGAAUUCCUGCACAUAAUGGUACCACAGGAAAGGAGUGCUCAGUGAGGGUCUCUUAUGUGACCUGUGGGAUAAUAAAAAAAUAAGAAUAACAGAAAGUUUAAGUUAUUUAAAAAGAAAACUUAUUUUUGCUAAGUUCUAUUGCUUAUUAAACUGUGAUUAUGUAAUAGCAUAGAGCGCCUCUCUAUUCUGUGAGAAGGUACUCCACCUCAUUAACUCCUUAUCAAAUGUGUGCAGUUCUAAUUAUUCUUUAACAAGUUGAAUAUAAGAACUUUAUUUAUAUAGAUAUGCAUUUGACACCACAAAGUUCCUGCACCUGUAUGGUGCUUGCCUCACACCAUUAGUCCUGUGCUCCUUCCACUAACUUAAGCCCAGACUGCACAGUUUGUGCUUUUAAUGAGGCAUCUCGAGAUACCAAUUUAUGUGGGUGGCAAAAUAAAGGGAUGUAUUUAAAGUAUACCAAUUUUCAUGAUGAAAAAAUAUGUAUUAGCUGUGUUUGCUAAUAAAAAAAACUUGUCUUAAAAGUACAUACAGCUCAUAUACAAAUGUUUAUGGUACUUUUGCCAUUCGGUAUGCUCUUGCCAAUCUGUAGCUCCAUCACCCUACUUACAACAUGGCAGAGUCGUGUCCACACUUGAUCUGUUAUGAAUGCACACAGAGUCAGACUGUGGUAUGACGGGAAAGCGGGGCCAAUUAAAUAGCUUGAGCAGAUGUAGCAAUACACAGAGGAAGGAGUAGGUACUGGCAACUAGUCCACCCACCAACCACCUGACUCAAUCUCCUUUAUAACUAUGCCAAAUUGUGACUUAGGGUAUUGGUGGGGCCCUCAAACAGAGUAGCCCACUGAGAUUUCUCUGAUAUCUCAGUGGGCUACUCUGACACUGCUCCCACUUGUGACAGCUCCCUAGCUCCCACAAGAUCAGCACACUAACCUCCUGAAAUACUUUGUGCUGCUGUAAGAACCCCAAUGAUCUAAUCAGCCAUAUGUUUUUUCUAUCCUAGCUUUCACCAGUUUGUCCAUGUAAACACUGUUCUGAAGAAAGAUAACUAAAACAUACUCUGGGCGUAGUCAUUUACACCUUUAAAAUGAGGGGUUUAUAUAGAGGGAGCUGUACAGUACUACGCCUUGGAAAGUGAUGAAGUAGAGAGAGCUAAAGUACCAGCCAAUCAGCUCCUAACUGCCAUGUAACAGGCUGUGUUUCUUAGGAGCUGAUUGGUUGGUAGUUUAUCUCCUUCCACUUUAAUAAUGAUAAUAUUUUUAUUUAUAUAGCGCUCUCCAAUAGGACUCAAUGCGCUUAUCUUCAAGGCUUAGUACAUCUGCCCCAUAUUGUACUGGAAAAGCCCUACAAUUGAUAUACUCUAAACACUUUUUAAAAUAGAAUUACAAAACAAUAAUACUGUAGGCUAUUUGUUAGCAGGUUCAUUACUUGCUCAAUGCUAAAAAUGCGGUAGCUGAGCUGUAAUGUAAAAUGUGUCAUGUGAAUAAAAAAAUCAGCGAAUGUGUGUACAAUUGACUGUCUCUGACUGUGCAUACUAUAAAACAGCACUUUAUGUAACCAAAGCUACGCAGCAUACUAGACAAUCCCUUCCUGCGUUACUACAGUAGACAUCCUAUUUCUGUCUUAGCUAUUUUCCUCCCUGCAGCCCUUUGUGUUUGUAGCUUUUCCUAAUCAUACUGCUAGAAUCAGCUGGAUCUGGUUUUCAUAUUAGUGCAGUUCAGAGUUUCUAAUUCACUGCAACCUCGUGGCAUAUUAUUGUCUAUAACUGCCUUGCUUUUUUUUAUCUGUCUUUGCAUUUUAUACCAUGCAAAGUUAAUUUUCAUUGCCUCUUUUUAAAUACAUGUAAUGUAAAAUGAAAAAAAAAAAAAAAGGCGAACAUGUUAAUAAUGAUCAGAGAUGUGCACUGACUUUAGCUUUGUUUUCUUGUCCGUUGUUUAACAGAUGCUGGAGCCUUAAUAAUUGUUUUGUUUCCUUUUUUUUUUUUUUUUUACAACAAAUGUAUAAAGUCUGUAGAUUUGUUUUAAGUUAUACUUGUGUCAUUGUAUUGGGUGUUGCCUCAAAAAUUUGCCCAAUUAUUCAAUUUCUUUUUUUUUUUUUCUUUUUUUUUACAACCCUCAAAAUGGUUUUGUUUCA